CAAAUAAUAAUAAUAAUAAAUAAAUAAAUAAAUAAAAAUAAAACUGUAUGAUCUAUCAGUUGGUGGAGAAAAUCAGCAAAUUAUUGAUUACUUGGUGCAGUCUGGAAUUCUGAAUACGAAUCUAAAGUCAUUGGUUUUCUGCAGAGGAGGAAGUGAAAGAUAAUAUUAUCCAAAAUCAGAAAAUCUGGUAUGGCUGAUCUGUGAGCCAAACUGCAGAGGACUUGGUGGAGGAAUCGUUGAAUUAGUCCUUACUUGUACAAUUUGAAACCAAUUCAAAGAAGACAGAGUGACAUAACAGAGCAGAAGCACUGAAACGAUGCCUAUCUAAACUCCUGUACUCUUUGCUUCCAUGUUUGAGAAUGGAGGAAAAAUAUGCUUUGGAUAAUGGAAGCAAAUUAUUAGAGGAUCUGAUUGCUUCUUGUGAUGGAAAAUCUAAUCCCAUUCGCCAUUACUCUGCUGAUGAACUUGUCAGGGCAACCAACAACUUCCAUCCUUCUUGCCGUAUAGAUGAUGAUCCAUGGUCAUGUUCAUAUAAGGGUUUUCUAGACAACCGAUUGGUUAUGAUUAAGCGGAUCGAAUUUUCAAUUCCUUAUGAGGUCUGGAGAGAUAUGGCUAUUCGUGACAUUAUAAUAUCAACGCAGAUGAGCACUCAUAAGAAUGUUUUGAAACUGUUGGGCUGCUGCUUAGAGUUCCCUGUACCGGCUCUGGUGCACGAAUAUGCAGCAAAAGGAGUUCUCAAUCCUACAGGAGGUUAUGGGGAUUAUGAGUCCCUCCCAUGGAAAACUAGACUAUGUAUUGCGAAGCAGCUUGCAAAUGCAAUAACAUAUCUCCAUACAGCCUUCCCCAGACCCAUCAUUCAUAGACACCUAAGGCCCACAUGUAUUUUGUUGGACGAUGACUAUGUUCCCAAAAUCUCUGACUUCUCACUUGCCAUAACCAUUCCUCCUGAGCAAUCGCAUGUCGAAGAUGUUGUGCUUGGGACAUUUGCGUACUUUGACCCCGAGUAUUUGAGUUCUGGUCGCAUUACAGAAAAGACUGAUGUAUAUGGCUUUGGCGUCAUUUUACUUGUUUUCUUGAGUGGACGAGAAGUUUAUCAACGAAAUCUCAAACUUGUGUCAUAUGUGAGAUUACAUGCUUCUGAUGACCAGUUUCUGACUAUUGUGGAUCCUAAAAUACUUGAGGAGAUAAAAGGAGAAGAUGAGCAAGCACAACAGCAGCAGUUGCAUGAUUUCCUAGCACUGGCAUUGUUAUGCACUCAAGACGAAAGUGAACGAAGGCCAGAUAUGAUCGAUGUGGCCAAACAACUUGUACGAAUUGAGAAGUCUAUCAAUCCUUGUUAGCCACUUUAUCCGUUACAUUUGGGAGGUCAAUCUGAUGAAGUAAAUGAUUGAUUCUGAGGGUC